GAACAGCGAUUGAAAAAAAAAAAUCCACCAGUAGACUGUUUCAAGUUCCCCCAGCAGAAACUGUGCCUGAUUUGUGGCCAAUGCUGGAGAUGUACGAAAAGGGAGGAAAACACUAAGCGGGUAGCUAUGGAGAUAGACCGUUUUCCUGGCCGCUUCCUUUGACAGGUGUUGAGUAGGUUAAAAGUCUUCAAACAGAGUCCACCAUGUACGCCAAAGGGAAAGGAGCUGUCGUUCCAUCCGAUAGCCAAGCCAGAGAGAAAUUAGCUUUAUACGUCUACGAGUACUUAUUGCAUGUUGGGGCCCAGAAAUCAGCACAGACCUUCCUUUCCGAGAUCCGAUGGGAGAAGAACAUUACGCUAGGAGAACCUCCUGGAUUCCUCCAUUCAUGGUGGUGUGUAUUCUGGGAUUUGUACUGUGCCGCUCCAGAUCGCCGGGAGACCUGCGAGCACUCCAGCGAGGCCAAGGCCUUCCACGACUAUAGUGCAGCAGCAGCCCCCAGCCCCGUAAUGGGCAACAUGCCCCCCAACGACGGCAUGCCAGGUGGACCCAUGCCCCCUGGUUUCUUUCAGGGGCCUCCCGGCUCGCAGCCGUCACCACACGCACAGCCUCCCCCACACAAUACCAGCAACCCCAUGAUGGGACCACACGGGCAGCCUUUUAUGUCUCCACGGUACCCUGGUGGACCUCGGCCGUCUCUUCGCAUGCCAAAUCAGCCUCCUGUAGGAGUUCCAGGAUCACAACCUCUCCUGCCAAACAGUUUGGACCCAACCAGACCACAAGGACAUCCUAACAUGGGCGGUCCAAUGAGAAUGAAUCCUCCCAGGGGCAUGGGUGGCAUGGGUCCUCAGAACUAUGGUGGUAUGAGGCCUCCUCCCAACUCUCUCGGUGGUCCAGGCAUGCCUGGAAUGAACAUGGGUCCUGGAGGACGUGGCCCGUGGCCAAACCCAAAUGCUAACUCGAUAGCAUACUCCUCCUCGUCUCCAGGCAACUACGUGGGUCCUCCAGGAGGAGGUGGUCCACCAGGAACUCCCAUAAUGCCAAGCCCAGGAGACUCCACAAACUCCAGUGAAAAUAUUUACACAAUGAUGAACCCUAUUGGACCGGGAGGAAACAGACCUAACUUCCCCAUGGGUCCCGGUCCAGAUGGCCCAAUGGGCGGCAUGGGCGGCAUGGAACCCCAUCAUAUGAACGGAUCGUUAGGCUCUGGUGACAUGGAUGGGUUGCCAAAGAACUCCCCCAACAACAUGGCAGGGAUGAACAACCCACCGGGCACACCGCGGGAUGAUGGAGAAAUGGGAACAAACUUCCUCAACCCAUUCCAAAGUGAAAGUUAUUCACCCAACAUGACGAUGAGUGUGUGAUUUCUUCUUGUUUUGUUUUAUUUGGGGUUUUCUUUUUCGUUUCGUUUUCAAACCCCCUCCGACCGCCCCGUUCCUACUUUUUUCUUUUUUUCUUUUUUAACCCCUCCCCCUUCACGUCAAUCAACCCCCGGCACCCUCUGCCCACGGAACUCUGGCUUUUUCUGCACAGCCUUCUGGGAUGCCCCACGAGCAGAGGACUCACAUGAAAGUGGCCCAUCCCAGCUUGUGCAAAAUGGCCACCGGCAACAGGAAACAGUCCCAGAGCCACAGGAAGAGCUUGUUGACUGACUCUCCCUGCCUCCCAGACUUCCUCUCCGGUUCAGGACACUAACAGGGCUGAACACACACAGGAAGGCAGGUGUGUGUUUCGAGCAGACGCACGCUUCACCGGGCUGCUCACUUUAUGAUCUUUAUGAACUCACUCCACUUUUCUGAUCGUUUUUUUUUUUUUUUUUUUUUUUUUUUUUUUAAUCUUGAAUGGAUGCAGUCGUUUUUACAGUGGAAAGUAUCUGCACCUUUUUCCUCCAUUUUAUUGUGUAAAUGCAAGAGGAAACUCAUUACGAUGGGUUUGGCAAUGAACGUUUUCAUUAUUCUGUGUAUGUAUUGUAUUAUUAUCAAUUGUUGAUUUUAUUUUUAUUAACAUUGUAAUGAUGGUUACCGAUUAGGUUUUAAUCUUUUUUUUUUGAAAGGGGCACAUUGUAUGUAAACCACAAAUUCGACAGAAAAAAGCACACAUCCAUAAUGCACAAUAACAGUGUCGUGACUUUUGCAGGAAGUCUGCACUACGUAUUGUGUUUGCUGUGAAAUCUUACCUCCCGCGGAUUAAAAAGGUAGCCGUACCUUUUCUUCUACGUCUCUAGUAUACAGGAAAUGUAGUUUCAUCGUCUCUGUUGAGUGAACGUCUGAGGCCGUGAGGCUCGAGGCCCAAACCAGCAGCGACUUUAACCUCCUCAGACCAGCCUGUGCGUCCAACAACUCGUUUUGGAGUCUCAGUCUGUCUGUAGAGAGGAAGUGAUGUCAUACCAGAGCUGGAAACGUGCGGUUAUACAACUAACUAGUGCUAAACUUGACAGAUGUCUGCUCACCGUGAUUCACAACUUAUUUAUUUGUCGUUUUUGUUCAUGGAUUGAUUUAUCGUGCACAUGUCUCGCAUGCGACCCGUCAGGACAUAUUGUACACAUGUAAAUAUGCCAGUCUAAGAUACCUCCUGAAGAUUUGUAUCAUUCUGUCCCUCCCCAGAGACCCACAUGCUUUCCUCCUGCAUGAAUCUGAACAGGGUGUCUCUAGUCACACGACAUUACAAAUGAGGAUCCUGUUGGCUCUGCGCUCGUCAAACUAGAGGUUUUUUUUCGGUUGUGGCAAUAGAGCCCUCCUCCUCAAACACAUUUUGUUAAGUACGUGUUCCGUAUUAUGUCUAAUCAUCUUUAAAAACGUGAGAUGUCCGCCACAUCCAGUUGCUUAUGAGAUGAGGGAAUCGUAAUAGGACUUCCGGGGACCGCUGAAUGAGGGAUACAUGAACUAAAUAUGCUCGCAGCUUGUGGGGUUUCGUAAUAUUCAUUUUGUCUUUUAUGUUUGGUAUUUUGCAUCUUCCGUUCUGUUCCUAUCCAAAAAUGAAAAUUAUGUCAUUCACUUGCGUCAUUCCAAAACUGACUUUCUGAAAACAAUAGUUGUUUCUAUUUGAAAUAACUUGUUACCCCACUGCCUUAAAAACUUUUUUGUUGAGUCAACUUAAAUGUUAAUGUAAAUGACGAGUAAAAGAUUUUAGUUGACUCAACAAAAAAAUAUUUAGGCAGCGGGGUAACAAGUUAUUUAAUUAAAUUUUUUUUUUACAGUGUAAAGAGAUUUGAUUGCCAUUGACUUACAUUGUAGUUUUUGUCUAUACAACAAAAUAAUUUUUGGUUACCAACAUUCAAAAGAUUCUUGAAUAUCUUCACUCCUUGUUGAAGAAGGUAUUUUGACGAACAUCGGUAGCCGUAUUUUGGUUUGAAGAUAUUUUAAAGAACACUGUUUUGGUUCCCUUUGAAUUUUUCGGCCAGUCAGUUGGAACCAAAGCUGUUUGGUUAACAACAUUUUUCAAAAUAUUCCUAAAGACGAUGCUUUGCUUUAUCUGGUUAGAGAAGAAUUUAAAAAAAUAAAUUAUUUUCGUUCCCAUUGACUUGGGAAUUUUUGUAAUUAUUCUUAAAGAUGUCUUAAUCUAUCUUUUUAAAGAAUAAUUUUGAAGAAUGUUAGUAAAUAAGCCAUUUCUAUUGAUUUCAGUUGUGAUUUUAGCCCAUAGGGUGUAUGUCAAUAACUGGAGCUAAACUGUUCGGAUACCAAUUCUUCAAAAUAUUCUUAAAAUAUGUUUUAAUCUAUAUUAUUAAAGAAGACUUUUGAAUAAUGUUUGUAUCGAAACAGUCCCUAUAUUUUUUCAUUUAUUCAGUCAAUGGGAAGUUAAACUUUUUUCAUUUUGGAAGAACAAUGUUAAUAACUAAACUCAAUCAGUCUCAGCUGACUUCAAUUUAAACACAUUUUCAUACAUUUUCAUUGGUUUAUAACAUUUUUCAAAACAUCUUUUAGAAGAUGAUUUCAAUCUGUCUUUUUAAAGAUUCUUCAGAAGACUAGUUGACAACUACAACAUUUUUCGGUCCCUGUUGACUUCGUAAUUUUUGACCAUGCAAUGGAAGUCAAUGGUAGCCGAAACCGUUUGAUUACCAGCAUUCUUCUAAGUAUCUUCUUUUAUUUUCCACCGAAAGUCACGCAAGUUUGGAAUCGCGUAAGUGUGAGUGAUCUCUGGGUGGUCUUAUCCCUUGAAACAAAAUGUGUUUUUGGAAGUAAAGGGCUCUCAGUGAAAUGGUUUUCAGGGUUCAGAAGGAACCGCUAAAUAUUAGAGCUAAAUGCUAAAAUCCUCCUGCUGAUUACAUACACACACAUUAAUCGCACAGCACCUGUUUUUAAGUUCUCCACAGCUUGAUGACACGAUGUACACAGAGAAACACACAUUUAUACAGCGUCUAUCUUAUUUUAUUACUUUGUUUGUUUGUAAAUACUGUAAAAUGCAUUUUGAUAUCAUUGACAUGUUUUGAUAUUUCAGUCACUACCAAUGAAUACUACGAGACCUUGGGGUUAAAAAAAAAAAAAUGUAAAGGAAGAACCCAUGUUUGUAGUUAAAAGAGUCGCCAUUCUCCGUCUUUGACUCUGUACAGAUGUACUAAAUCAUGCAAAUGUAAAGUUUUGUCAGCCUCUACUUAGUAAACGACGUCUGAGCGCUCAUGUUUUAGGAGAACAGGAAAGUAAGGGGGCGUUUGAAGCGGUACCGUUCGCUCCUUGUAGACUAGACACGCACAGGAGGGACGUAUGCGGAGGGCGAAAGCCUCACGAUGCAUCCGUUCUCUCUCGGACGUGUCCUCACUUUGCACUUUCCAGACAGCAGCCCACCCUUUUAACACAUUGCCUACGUGGACAUACAUGAACACAGGACUUGUCUCUUUAUGCGCAAAAGGGACCACGCAUUGCAAACUUUACUAUGAAGGAUUUUUAUCUAUUUAAAUUAAAAAAAACAAACUAAAAAAAAGUUUUAAAAACUCGGGGCGGAGUAAGGGAUUAAAAAAAAAAAAAAAAAAAGUAAUAAAAUGAAGGGAAGCGUCCUUCCCGUUCUCUUGAGAUAGUGUUUUAUAGGUUGCGGUCUCUUCUCCUCAGCCAGUCCUCUGUAUGUAAACCACUCACGUCGUUGGCCAUCUCUGUAAUUCUAUUGUGACGCUGUACGAUACUGUAACAUUAGCGAGGAGACGAGGUGCGGAAGGGGCUUCGGAUGUGGAAAAGAAGAAAAAAAAUCCUCCUCCACUGUUGUUCUUUCUGACAAAUGAAAAGCAGUAUUGAGUAUAAAGCAGUCUGUCUCUUGGGUUUGCUUUGUAUUUCAUGUUUAGGGUAGUUCGGAUCCUUGUCUUAGGGACUCUUUCUGUCUUGUGUAGUAAAUUAAGAUGUUCUUUGUAUGUUUCUUUAUAUUGUAAAGUUUCUUUUAGAUUAAAAAGUUGCUUAUUAAAAAAGGAUGGAAAAAGUGCUUCAAUAAUGUUUUUUUUUUCUCUCUCUCUCUCUCUUUGGUUUCUUUUUUCAUGGAGUUGUUGCUUAUUUUUUUUUUGCUUGUCCCUUCGUUGUAGAUACAAAUUUAAGACUAAUAAAAUAACAUAACCCCUUUUACCAAGA